AUGACCCCGCGCAGUAAUCUAUCCGUCUUUGAAGGCCAGUCUGCUGUAUUCAAUUGCUCUGUUAGUAGUAAUCCAGAAUCUGUGAUUAAAUGGAGUAAGGUAGAUGGUGAAGUUCCUAAACUUAGAGCAACAGACACCGGUUCUGGCUUCCUAAAGAUCGUAAACACUGCAUAUCACGAUGCAGGUGUCUACAUAUGCAAAGCUGAAAACAUUGUGGGGAAAAAGCAAAGCAAAGUAAGGCUUGAGGUAUAUUUUCGUCCUCGAAUAAUUUCUAAUCAUAGGCAAACCAUCUAUGUGAGAAUGGGAGAUAACAUAACACUGCCAGCAUGCCACGUUAAAGGACAUCCUAAACCUGAGAUAGCGUGGUCCAAAACUAACGGAUCAUUAAGUAAUCGUACAGUUAUCAAAGAUCAGCGUUUAACAAUCAUCAAAAGUAAGAAAGAGGACUCCGAUAAAUACAUGUGUGAAGCUAACAAUGUGCUUGGUUCUGAUAAAGCUCAAGUAUCCAUUGUACGUGUUGUUAAAGUACCAAUCUUCACCACAAAUCCGCCUGCAACUCAUGUUGUACGCGAAGAUUCGACAUUAACCCUCAACUGCAGUGCUGAUGGUGACCCCGACCCUGUCAUCCAGUGGAGAAAAGAGGAAGGAGAUUUACCUAUCGGUUUGUAUUUGGCUUUCGUCCAGUCUACCUUUUUCUGUGAUUCAUUUCCUCCGCCAUUWUCUUUCCAGAUGGAUUUUCCAUGGAUAUCUUUCCUUACUGUUGUAUUGUUAUGAGUUGUGGAUCGACUUUCUUCUUUUGCUGUGAAGUGUUGUUUUGUUYGGGACCACGUUCGUCUCUGCAUUCGGCCCAGAAGGACCUCUCUGCUAUUUGACCAAAGAUAUUUAAGUGCCAAGUACCAUUCGAUCUUCUUAGCAUUUUCCUUCUUUCUUUUUACGAAAAAACUUGAUAAAAUCUGAUAAAUUUUGCUUUGAAUAUCAAAGUGAGUUCAGCAGUGUUAUCAACCUCGGGUCAUCUGCUGACUACUGGACGUAUUUUGCAGUAGCGGCUCAAUAAAAUACCCAGAGGAAAGCUAUCUGAUUGGUUAAGCCCUCAAUGUUGUUUUUACAAAUUUGACGCAACAUUUGCGUCAUGUUUUUACGAAUU